AUGACGGUCGUGGGGCUGGGUCUCUCUAUAGCGGGAUUGGCGUUGACGCUGAUUGUUUAUGUGACUCUCGAAAAGCUUAGAACGGUUCCUGGAAAAAUCCUGAUGAACCUCACUCUGUCGUUACUGUUAGCUCAGUUUUUCUUUGCGUUCGGGACCGGCAAAAUGGCAUGGCCGAACUUUUGUACCGCUAACGCUGUCCUGGAGCAUUACCUCUGGCUGGUGUCAUUUUUUUGGAUGAACGUCAUAUCUUUGGACUUGGCCAAAACGUUCAUGUCGUCCAGUUUGCUGUCUCACGACGACAGAGGGCGUUCGUUACUGGCAGUUUACUCAGUCUACAGCUGGGGACUUCCGUUUUUGAAAGUCACAGCUUGUUUUCUCCUGGACAUUCUGGACGUUGUUCCCGAUAAUCAGCUCAAGUACGCUUCAAUUAGAGCGUGUUUCUUAUCAGGAUACAAUGGCAUGCUGUACGCUUUUGUCCUCCCGCUUACCGUAAUCAUGGUUGUGAAUAUCAUCUGUUUCAUUGGCGUUCUCCUUAUGUUGACCAAAGCAUCGUCUUUGGAGAAGAAAAUCCAGAAAAACAGAAUCAAGCGAAACCAACACUUCCUCUUGGCAAAACUUCUGCCAAUCACCGGCUUAACUUGGACGUUUGGUGUUGUGGCCACCUUCAGCAAAAUUACGUUUCUUUGGAAUCCAUUCAUAAUUCUCAACUCUCUUCAAGGCGUGUUCGUGUUUUGUGCCUUUGUCUUAAAUAGCCGUGUGAAACGAAUGUUGAAGGCAAAACUGAGCCAGAUUUCUCAAGAAGCUACUGGAACAUCUAACACACGCUUCUGA